CACCACCACCACCACCACCACGGCAGCAGCACAAACACUGUCCGACGACCCAGUCCUCGCCCGCAUCCUGGCGCUCUACCUGCCCCCCUCCGCCCAGGAGUCCGUCGGCGCAAGCCUUCAUGACCUCUCGCGCCUCGUGCUCACCCCACAAGUCCUCCAGCACGCCGUGGACGCCGAGACGAACCCGCCGACGCUGCAGCCGCUCAACACUUUUGGCCAGGUCAACGCCGUGGACCCGCUGCGCACCAGCGAAGGGUGGCGCGGGCUCAAGCGGAUCGGCGUGCGGCAGGGCGUGGUGUCGCGGGUGUACGCGCCCCAGAAUGCCCGGGCGCACAACCGCCGGAUCGACCAGUUCGCCGUCGGCCAUGCGUGGAGCCACACGUCGACGAUGACCGGGUGUCCCAUGACCAUGACGGAUGGGGCUGCCACGCUGGUGGCAAAAUCCCUGCGAGAGAUGGAAGAGGGUGGGCAGUCCGCACCGGCAGAGGAGUCUGAGGAGGAGCGGAGAGUGAAGAGGGACGUUUUCAUGGAGGCCUACCGGCGAUUGACGUCCGAUCGGCCGUCCGAGAGCUGGACGAGCGGGCAGUGGAUGACGGAGAGGUCGGGCGGGUCUGAUGUUCGCGGCACAGAAACCGUGGCCCGCAGGCUGACGGGGGAGGAGCUCCAAGCCGAGAAGCAAGGACGAGGACGACCCCAGCUUGAUGCUUCUGGCAGACCGCUAGGCCCGUGGCGCAUCGAUGGGUUCAAGUGGUUCAGCAGCGCCACGGACUCGGAUAUGACGAUGCUCCUGGCGCAGACGGGCAAGGGCCUGAGUGCGUUCAUGGUGCCCAUGAGGCGCCAGUCCUCGACAGGCCGUGGCGAGACUGAACUCAACGGCAUCCGAAUCCAGCGGCUCAAGAACAAAAUGGGCACCAAGGCAGUGCCGACGGCGGAGCUCGAGCUCGUUGGUAGCCGAGGCUGGCUUGUUGGGGAGGAGGGCAAGGGCGUCAAGCAAAUCUCGGUCAUUCUCAACAUCACGAGGCUUCACACUGCCAUGGGCAGCAUCUCGUACUGGUCUCGUGGGCUUGCCGUGUGUCGGGCAUACUCCAAGAUCCGAAGAAUCCGGGGCAGCACACUGCUCACAGACAACUCGCAGCAUGUCGCCUGGAUGGCUGGCGAGACGGUCAAAUACUGGGCGUGCACGCAGCUGACCUUCUUCGGCGCCGCUCUCAUGGGCUGUGUCGAGCAAGGACGGCAGGUCAUGAACGUUACACCUGCUGGUGCUUCUUCCGGGCUGAUUCCCCAGGACCCGAGUCACAUUGCUGACCUGCUGAGGUUGUUGACGCCCGUCAUCAAGGCGCAGGUCAGCAUGGCUGCGGUGAGUGGGCUACGGUCUUGCAUGGAGUGCCUGGGUGGCGUGGGAUAUUGUGAGAACCACGAAGACGGCGGCAUCCUCAACAUUGCCAAGCUGUUCCGCGACUCGGUAGUCAACACAAUCUGGGAGGGCACUGGUAGUGUCAUGGCGGACGAUGUUGGGCGGGUUCUCAGGGAUAAGCGGAUUGCGGGUGGAAGGAUCAUUGAGGAUGUCUUCGCCAGAUGGGUGCGGACCUGUUUGUCUGCCCAAGACUCAGGGGACAGGGAAGCAUUCAAACUCGAGACGUUGGUUGUGGACGAGAGGCUGGAGGUUCUUCUCGGCCUUGUCGCAGCGGUCAAGAAGGACCCUGGCGAGCUCGAGUACCGCGGCAGGGAUCUGCUCGAGCAUCUCGAAGUCCUCACCAGCGCAGUUGUCCUCCUGUGGGAUGCUCAGACGGAUAAGGACGAGGUGGCAGGCCAUAUUGCCACCCAGUAUGUCUGGUCGAGAGUUGUGGUGGCUCAGAGUUGUUAUGCCAGGCCGAGUUCAGACUGGAAGACGUCGGCCGCGAUCGAUCGCAUGAUAUUCCUGGGUAGUGGCUACUCAUCCCCGAGCAAGAGCGCCCGGGAGAAGCUGUAGUUGAUGCCAUCACUUAUCCCCAAAAUAGCGUAAAGCUAGACUCCGGGUAUUUGGCAUGUGUAGCAGUAGCUUGUCAGGACUCGCUCCAGUUGUUCAUUGCAGCUUUAAAUAGGUGUGCAAGUCGCACUGGACAAACAGGAGGCCCACCAAGAGCACCCUUUGACCCUGAGACCCCUCCCUUGUCCACUGAAGACCCUGCCAGCUGGAUGCAGUUUAGCGCCUGCGGGAAGAAGCAAUUAAUUGACACAGCGACCCACCGUCGCGUCUCCCAGCA